CGUAGAGGUAGACGGUAGAGCCAGCGUAGAGUAUCUUGGCGUAGAGCUCAAGAUUCUUACAGAUAGAGUUAGCGUGCAUCUUGGCGUGCAUAGCGUGCAUAGCUGCAUAGACUAUAGAGUUCAUUCAUUCAUGGUGUGUGUUGAAAGGUUCAGCAUUUCCGGAAAUUUGGAAGAUUUGGGCAUUAUGUUACCUGAUACCUGAUAACUGAUAUUUGGGGAUCAUGCUGCUAUCACAUGUCAAAUUGGGCUUCCAUGUAGAUCAAGAUAUAGGUAAACAAACUCCUAUCUUGGAUCUCCAACACUGCCCCAAAGUGUGGGUCAUCAGCUCAUGAAAUACUCAUGAUAGCAGCAUGGUAGCAGCGCAAUGUUGGAAUUGUGAAUUUUGGUCCUGGUCCCGGAUAAUUAAAUCUGUCUGAGAACCAUCCAGCUUUUAGAACACUCAACAGGCAAUACUGAGAACUGCCAACUAAUUGAAGAAGCUCUGUGGUGAUCCAUGGAGAGACCUUGGGGCAGAGGAGGCUGGAGAGGCCACGGUAGUGGCGGCGGCUGGCGGGGCGGCCCACCUUUCGGUGGCGGACGAGGCGGUCCACCUUUCGGCGGCUGGCGAGGCGGCCCUCCGCGCGGCGGGCGGCCGUACCCCGGUCCUUCUGGUUCUCCGGAUGGUGCCGCCCAGGAGGACAGUGACCGUCCUCCCCCCGGGCUGCGGGGGCGGGCGCUGGGCCUCUGGUACCGGGACCGCUCCCUGAGGGCCGGCGGCGGUCGCGGCGGAGGGCGCAAAUAUCGACAUUGCCAAACGCUGAGCUCGGACCCGGAGCGAGAGACGCGCAUUCGGUCUGUACUGGAGCGGUCCGGCCGACGGCCGCCGUCACCGCCCCCCGCGACCGCGCGCCCGGCCGAACCGGCCCCGUCGGCCGUGACGGUGUCGACGCCAUCGUCAGCUCCAUCUGCAAAGGAGGAGAAUGCUGCUGGGACACUGCCGACGUUUUUGGAUGUGUACGGGGAGGAUUACGAGGCGGACCCGCGGCUCACCGAGAUCCCAGAUGAUGACGAUAAGACGGAGAGCGAGGCGAAGAUGGGCUCAAUGACUGAUCUGUCGUCGGCAGGCAAUACGUUGUCUGCCGACAAAGAGGCAGCUACGGCGGCCACGGUCAAACAAGAAGAGCAAAUGGAUACGGAUGACAUAAAAAUAAAACAAGAAAUGGCAGAAGACGCCACAAAGGGUGAAGGUAUUGGAAACGGCUUGAAGAAGUCGGAAUCUUUCACCGGUUCUGUGAAGUGUGAAAGUUUGACAGCUGACGGUAGCCGAGAGAGGGAGGCGGCCGACGACUUACCGGCGCCCGAAGUCGAUGACGUGGUGAGCAAGCUGGACCCGUCGCUGGCGGACAAGUACCGCCAUCUGGCCGACUCCCGGUUCAAACAGGAGUUCCUGGCCAAUCUGAUCGGGAACCAGGACCGCGACUGGGACAACCUCAGCUACGACCCGCAGCGGGACGGGUUACAGCGGGUGUCUGCCAUUGACGCCGAGCUGCUGGAGCAGAGCGGCCGGCCCGGGCCGCUGGACGAGUUCCGUCACAGUCUGCCGGCCCAUCAGCAGCGCGCUCAGAUCCUGGAGCUGGUGCGCCACCACCAGGUGGUGGUCAUCAGCGGCGAGACUGGCUGUGGUAAGACCACCCAGGUGGUUCAGUACCUGCUGGAGGAGGCGGCCGCCGCCGGACGCGGCUCGCUCUGUCACGUGGUCUGCACACAGCCCCGCCGGAUAUCCGCAGUCACAGUGGCCGAGCGGGUGGCCAGGGAGCGGGGCGCGACCGUCAGCUCCACAGGCGGCGGCCAGGUCGGAUACGCCAUCCGACUGGACCACCGCCAGCCGCGCCCGCAGGGCUCCAUCCUGUUCUGUACCACCGGAGUGCUGCUGCAGCGGAUGCAGACGGAGCCCACGCUGGCGCGCGUCUCCCACCUAGUUAUAGACGAGGUGCACGAGCGGGACACCCUGAGCGACUUCCUGGUCACCAUCGUCAAAGGCAUCCUGCCGACGCGGCCGGACUUGAAGCUGAUCCUGAUGAGUGCCACCAUCAACUCGGCCGAGUUCUCCGCCUAUUUCAACAACUGUCCGAUGGCGCACAUCCCCGGCAGGGCGUUCCCGGUGGAGGCCUUCUACCUGGAGGACGUGCUACAGAUGACCGGGUUCCAGUUUUUCCCGGGAGGUGGCUCUCAGGGCGGCGGCCGGCCACGCUGGAGUCAGCGCCAGGAGAACGCCGAGAGGACGGCGGAGUUCCGUCAGCUGAUUGAUCCCUACGUCAGUCAGCUGGCCAGCGCGCCGCCGGCGGCUCGGCCGUACUCUGAUCAGGUGCUUCGCUCGCUAUCCGUACCCGAGUCGGAGCAGUUCGAGCCCGACCUGUUUGUCGCCACCGUGCGCCACGUCUGUCUCCGCGAACAGCCGCAGGAGGGCGCCGUGCUCGUCUUCCUCAGCGGCUGGGAUGAGAUCGGCAAGGUGCACAAGGCCAUCAAAGAGGAUCCCGUGCUGGGGGAUGGCAGCCGGUACCUGAUCCUGCCGCUGCACUCGAUGAUGCCGACCAUCGAGCAGCGCGAGGUGUUUGAGCGGCCGCCGCCCGGCCAGAGGAAGAUCAUCAUCGCCACCAACAUCGCCGAGACCUCAAUCACCAUCGACGACGUCGUCUUCGUCGUCGACGGCGGCAAGGUCAAGAUGAAGAACGUCGACAAAAAUCGCAACGUCGGAUGCAUGACACUGAAGCCCGAAUGGGUGAGCAAGGCCAACUCGAGGCAGCGGCGUGGACGUGCAGGGAGGGUGCAGCCGGGCAAGUGUUACCACCUGUACAGUCGAGCCCGUGAGGCGGCGCUGGCCGACUACCCUGUACCGGAGAUCCUCCGCACCCGGCUGGAGGAGCUCUGUCUCCAGAUCAAGAUCCUGCGGCUGGGGGCGGUGGCGCCGUUCCUGCAGAGAGCCAUGGACCAGCCGACCGCUGUGGCCGUCAAACUCUCGCUCGAUAUGCUGCGUCAGCUGCGCGCGCUUGACUCGGACGAGCACCUGACACCGCUGGGCUUCCACCUGGCACGACUGCCCAUGGACCCGCAGACGGGCAAGAUGCUCAUCAUGGCAGCCCUCUUCUCGUGCGUGGACCCCGUGCUCACAGUGGCUUCGUGUCUUAGCUUCAAGGAGCCCUUCGUCAUCCCGCUGGGCUCUGAGCGGCAGGCUGACGCGGCCCGGGAGCGUCUCUCCGAGGGUCUCUACAGCGACCACAUGACCAUGGUGAACGCCUUCAACCAGUGGACCAACGCACGCGACCGGCGCGCCUUCGCACGGCAGAACUUCCUCUCGGGCAGCACCCUAGAGAUGAUCAGGGGCAUGCGGCAGCAGUUCCUGGAGCAGCUGAACAAGCUGCGGUUCGUGGCCGGCACAGACGCCCGCCAUCCGUCUCUCAACGUCAACUCAGAUAACCUGGCCGUGGUACGGGCGGUCAUCAGCUCGGGACUCUACCCGAACGUCAUCUACGCACGGCCGUCCAAGCACCGCACCAUUUUCUACUCACCGGAGGGUCGCGUCUCGCUGCACCCCAAGUCGGUGCUCAGCCGCGCGCCCAGCCUGCCCGGCCACUGGCUGGUCUACAAACUGAAGAUCAAGAGCAGCAGUGUGACGGUGCACGACUGUUCGCUGGUGUCGCCCUACCAGCUGCUGCUGUUCGGCGAGCGACUGGACCUGCUGGAGGCAGAGCAGGACAACCAGCAGCCGCUGAUCGCAGCCGACCCGUUCGUCCGCUUCAAGUGCCCCCGGCAGACUGCCCAGCUCAUGCAGAGUCUCCGCUCAGAGCUGGAUGCCAUCAUCGGUCACCGUUUGUCGGACCCGGGACAGACUGACUGGCAGCGGCCCUCGCACGAACGCGACGUGCUCAGACUGAUCGCCGAGCUGGUGACGAGUGACGACAUCCCUCCGGCCAAGGGCUCACCGUGGUGCGAGGCGUUCCGGCGACGACAGCACGGGUCGCACGACUCAGACGGAGAGGGAAAGAGCUGGCGGGACGAGAGUGGGGCGGCUGAAAGGAGAGAGGACCGGAGGAGCGGCGAGGAGAGAGCGUGGAGGAACGCGGACCGUCCGCCGGCGAGGGACGCGCGCAGCUGGAGGGACGACAGAGGGUCGUGGAGGGACGGUGCUCGGGGUGGGGACUGGCGGUAGGUGCGUCCGGGGCCGGUCGGCCGGGCGCUGGAACCACGAACAGUACAGCUGUCAGCCGUCCAAACUGGUCCGCGAAGGGGGCAAACCACGACUCUGGAAAAACUCAGCUGUGGAUCUAACCGUGUUGGUGGAGGGAACUCCUACCCGGCUAGUGCAAUAGCUCAAUAGCUCAGAAGGGCUCAUUGUUGUGUCUCAAAGCUGCAGCUCAUCGUAGUUAUUUCUCCGUCGGUAGUUGUGGCUCGUCGCACUGUUGUUGAGCAGCGUGGUUGGUGCCCAAUGUUCAAUGUCCAUGCCGACCCGACCUGUACCGUACCACCACUGGUCUCCUCGCCCGCUCCUAGCGAUCCGAGGCAGGCUCUGACGACGCCUGAUAUGUCGGCUGUGCCACUACAAUAACGAGACCGUGCACGUGGGCGCAUCACUCAGCGCACGUGCUCGUGUGAUAGGGUCGCGCGUGUCACACCAAGUCUGACACGUGAUCGCCCGUGUCAUGUUACGAGCUAUUGUGUCUGUGUGUGUUUGUUAGUGUGUGUGGCCGAAGAUGGAUGUUAGUUGGUGGAUGUGUGUUCUGUGGAACAGCCUGCGAGUAUAUGUGGUGCUUGGCUGUCGGGGACAGUGUUUCUACGCUAAAUAUGGCCGGGGUGGCUGUAUUUUGUUUUGUGUGACUGGUGCUGGCAGUUGGUUAUAUGGAAAUUGGAAACUACCGUUUUUGUUAAUGAUUUUUUUUUAGGGCAAUUUGCAGUUGAUAGAGGUGCAUAGAGGUUUGCAUAGCGGUGCAAUUGGACAAAUCAAUAGCUUUUUUUCUCAGGAUUUACGUUACAAACAUGAUUCGUCAUUUAUUCAGAGCGAAUGUUGGGCAAUAAAUACUCGGCAUUGCGCCAUUCAUUUUUGUCCAAGGCAAUGGUGACAAUAUACGGGCUUUUCCAUGGUUGUUUUAUAUUGUUCUGCCUUGCAGUUACUCGUGCUGUAUUUGACAAAUGCUAUAUUAACAACUUAUAUGAAUACCUACUUCUGUUUGUUAAUUUGUUUACAAUGGUCAUUACAUGUCAAGGAUACGCUAGUGAUCUCAUGUUGGUCUUUUAAACAUGAAACCGUUUACCGCUGCAAUUUUGUGUUUCUGUCAUUGAUGCACAUAUGUUGCACUUUUUCUAAUACACGAAUCUGUGUUGCACACA